AUAUAUAUAUAUAUAUAUAUAUAUAUAUAUAUUAUUAAAUAAAUAUAUAUAUUUAUUUAUAUAGGAGAGUAUUUAUACUUUUUAUAAAUAGGUCUAAUAUUGUAUUUAUGGUAGUAAUAUACUGUGUAUCAUCAUAUUGAGACUAUAUUGUUCCAUUUCUGCAGAUUCAGAAGCUCCUGACUGUUUUGCUGGCGCGUCCAAUAACAGCGGACACAGUCAGGAGCAAGAUUCUGACCCAAAGGAAGAUGACAAUUCCACCUCUUCCGCUCUUCCAUCAGUAGUAAGUAGAUUCUACGGAUAUUAUUCUUUAACAGGCACAGGAGCUUAUGAGCCGUCUUAAGUUAAACAAAAGCCAAUGUGUGCAACUGGAUGAGAAAAACUUUUCUUCAAGGUUCGCACAUAUGAAAUUCAUGCAAUAUUCAUCCUGUAUAUAAUACUCAUUCAUCCUUUGUUUGCAGCUCCAAAUUCCUGAAUUGGGCUCAGAUUUUGACAACGAAAUACAGGGCGCAGAAGGACCAUCGAUCAGGUAUCUGAUUUGGGACGUAUUCUCUUGUUUUGGUUUAGAAUUGUAAGUUGCUUAUAUAUUCAAAUUUUAGAAUUGCCUAUUUUUGGGGUAUUAUCAGUAAGUGGCCAGUACCCUCUGGUGAUUGGAUACUACAGAAAAGUCAUGCAAUAAACUGUGUAUUAGAUUAAUCUUGACUGUGAACAGGAACAAAACAUAUUUUACCUUUUAUUUUUUUUUAUUUUUCAGCCCUGCUGAGCCCAGAUCUCCCUCACUUGAUCAUUUCGACCUGGGACAAGUGUUGGGAGAAGGAGGAUUUGGAAAGGUGAGCGACUCAUUGCACAAUUAGGUUUUAGUUACAACUGAUUUACCCAGUGUGUUUAAACUUUCUUUCUUCUGACUCCAGGUAUUCCUAGCCCAGCACAAGAACACCGAAGUGCUAUAUGCCAUCAAGGCCCUGAAAAAAGAUCAAGUUUUGGAAAAGGGCAAUUUGGACAGGUCAGUGAUAGGGGAGAGAUUAAUACCGGCCAUAUCUGUCUCAUGUUUUUCUUGUUAUAUUCAGCUUUAUAUGUAGCAUAUGUUUACUUUUUCUUUUGGUUAUUAACUGCUGUGUUGCCCUGUGUCUGUUCAUAAGGCUAAAGGGUAAGUGUAACGUUCCCUUGUGUGGGCUUCACAUGGUGAUAAUGGGAUGAUUUACCCUUACAGUGUCUUCCAUGAGAAGGAAAUCCUUCAGAGGGUAAGCUCUGCUGAACAUCCGUUCCUGGUGUCAUUGCAUGGAACCUUCCAGACGGCGUCUCACCUGUUCUAUGUGAUGGAAUAUCUCCCUGGAGGUGACAUGCUUGACUUUAUAAAAUCCGUGGAACUAGAAGAACCUGAUGUCAUGUUUUACACCGCAUGCAUUGUUCUUGGCCUGGAGGCAUUACAUCAGCUUGGCAUUGUCCAUAGAGAUCUAAAGCUGGAGAAUUUGCUGUUGGACCGGGAUGGCUACCUUAAGAUCGUAGACUUCGGCCUCAGCAAAGACAGAUUUGGAUACAGCGACCGCACAAACACCAUGUGCGGCACAAAAACAUACAUGGCCCCGGAGAUCUAUCUAAAACUUGGAUACGGCAUGGCCGCUGACUGGUGGGCCCUAGGAAUCACCGUUUAUGUUAUGCUCCUGUAUGAGUUACCAUUCAACCAUAAAGAUCCAGUCGAGCAAAUGAUGAGCAUCCUUUAUGAUGACAUCAGCUUACCAGAAGACCUUUCAGAGGAUGCCUCAACACUAAUAAAAGAACUGUUAGAAAAAGAUCCAGAAUUUCGCCUCGGUUCGGGUGACGCCGGGGCUGAAAUGGUUAAAGAGCACCCCUUCUUCAAAGAUAUGGACUGGGACCAUCUGUUGCAGAGAAGAAUAACGGCUCCUUAUGUACUGGAGAAUGAUGACCACCUGGAGAGCCAAGAGGACCCUGGAUGCCAAGCUCCAGCACUGCCACCACCUGCUGCAAGGAUUCCAUCAGAGCUGCAAGAGGCAUUCAGAGGAUUCUGAGAGAACAUCACAUACACCUAAAUGAACAUCGGCUAAGUAGACGGAAUAGAUGGGGAGGGUGGAGGGCCAGUCCAUAUCCAUAUAAGAAGUCCAUUCAUAUAAAAUGACGAGUGUCCCACCUCAAUAAGUUCUGACUGAGUAGGCUAAUGUAGGAAUAGUCUUCUCAUGCAGUGUAAAAUAAACAAAUCCUCACCUGUAUAACAGGCAAGUUAGAUCUAGUAGAAGGUAAGACACAAAUAAUGUAUUUUAACACCAAUAGCUGACACUGUAAAAUCCUGCCUGGAUUUGAACCAGCACCCUGCAGGUUACUAUGCAGUCUGUUAUAACUCUGCUCUAUGGAAGCAGAUAACUUGGUGCUUGGUUCAGUUUGCCCCACAGUACAUUAUGUCCUUUCCGGCUGGUAAAAUCAGGUAAAAUCUUACCUCGGUAAGAAACAAACCAACAGUUGUCACUACCUCACCUUGUUUUUAUUUGCUUCCUGGUUAGGUUGCAGUUGCCCACCUUGGGACAUCUAAAGAAGAAGAUAAUGCUUUUAUUUGCUUCCUGGUUAUGUUGCAGUUGGCCACCUUGGGAGAUCUAUAGAAGAAGAUGAAGAAGGUUUCCAUGUUUAUCCACCCCAAGGUAUGAAAAGUAGGUUUAUUCCUAAACUGUUGGAAUGAGGGGUGUAAUGUGGGGUAUUUGAUACAGCAAGAGGCAUUCUUCCCUAUGCUACAUGGAAAUCAUUUUGCCUCAAAUGUGUAUUACAAAUCAUACGAAAAAGGUUUAAUACUUUCUCUGCCAGUUAGAGUUCCCU